CUGUGAUAGAAACUAAGCAGCAGAAGGAGCUGGGAGCUGUGAGUUCAAUCUCUGCCGUGCAGAGAGCGAGCGCAGCUUUCACUGCGAAAAAAAAACCUUGAUCUUAUCCUGUCGUACUCUUUGUCUGGGCAAGAAGGACUUACAACUCAAAAGUGCUAAUAAGAGAGAAGAGGAGGACUUCGUGUAAGGCUUGCUUUUUUUUUAAUGUUUUUGCUUUGCAAGAAAGACAACUUCACUUGAGACUACUGCAAAAUUCUACCUCGGUUUUGUUGCAGCGACUUUGACGCCGUGCAUUAGUGUGAAAAGUAGCUGUAUUUUGAAAGGCUGAUGCAAGUUUUAAAAGACGAGUCGAAAGUCCAUUAGCAGAGAGAGAGGGAAAAAAAAGCAAGUUACUCUGCGUUUUGUAUGAAAAGACUUAAUGCGAGUUGUUUUGCAGUGCUGUCAGAAAGUAGCAGCAAGCUGUGAACAAUAAUACCAGAAAAAUCAUGGCUGGUGAAAUGAAUAUGGGAACAGAUCUACCCACCAGCCCGUUGGCACUGGAAUAUGUCAAUGACUUUGAUUUGAUGAAGUUUGAAGUGAAGAAAGAAGCGCUUGGCGCGUUGGACAGGUCGUCCGUGCGCCACUGCAACCGGCUUCAGCCACCGGGCUCGGUGUCCUCCACGCCAAUCAGCACGCCGUGCAGCUCAGUACCUUCUUCGCCCAGUUUCAGCCCUACUGAACAGAAGAGCCACCUUGAUGAGCUCUACUGGAUGCCCACGGGCUACCACCAGCAGAUGAACCCCGAAACCCUGAACCUGACCCCUGAAGACGCGGUGGAGGCGCUUAUUGGGGUGGCAGGGCAUCCCCACCCAAACCCAGCUCACGUCCAGCAGCAGCAGCAAAUGCAUCCUGGGGCUUUUGAUAACUACAGGCCGGUCCACCACCACCACCACCACGGUCAGCAGCAGCAGCAGCAGCCGCAGCAGCAGCAGCAGCAGCAUCAUCACCAGUAUGGCGCUGUCCCUCACCAUCACAGCGAAAUGGCCGGGCACCCAGGGCCUCAUCACCACCCGCACAACCCGCCUCAGCAUCACCACCACCACAGCCAGGACCCUGACAGCCCAUCUCCAGCUUCUCCGGGCUCUCACCAGCAGCUGCACCACCGCCAUCAUCACCACCAUCAUCAUCACCUGCAGCAACAGGGUCACCACGGCGGGGGUAGUGGACUCAAUAUUGAGGACCGUUUCUCCGACGAUCAACUUGUAUCAAUGUCGGUUCGAGAACUUAAUAGGCACCUAAGGGGCUUUACCAAGGAUGAGGUGAUCCGCUUAAAGCAAAAGCGCCGGACCCUGAAGAAUCGGGGCUACGCACAGUCGUGCAGAUUUAAGCGAGUGCAACAGAAGCACGUGCUGGAAAACGAGAAGACGCAGCUGAUCAACCAAGUGGAGCAGCUAAAGCAGGAGAUCAGCAGACUGGCACGCGAAAGAGACGCCUACAAGUUAAAGUGCGAGAAGCUGACGGGCAACAAUGGCUUCAGAGAGGCCGGUUCCACGAGCGACAAUCCGUCCUCGCCCGAGUUCUUCAUGUGAAACAAAAAUCAACUCGGAGCACGGCAGAGGCAUGGAGCUCCGCCUGCCCGUUUCUGAACUCACUGAACGCCAAUAACCCCAGUUAUGACCGUAAUAAUUAUGAUAAUAGAAAGAACAGUGUCCUGUUAUCUAAUCAUCUCCAUCUGUCUCAGGCAGGGACAUAGAAACAAGAGUGGAUCAUCCCUGAAACUGCUGUAGAAUAGAAGCUCAUUCUUGUAGUCAGAGCGACUUCUGUAUUCCUCUUAUAUUUCAUUUAUUUUUCUGAACAGACUUGAAAACAAAAACUGCCUGCUAUGAACUUUCCUGAACAUGAUAAUUUGCUUAACCACUUCAACGCGUAGCUGGGAUUUGAACUGAAUGGACUUUUGUGACUAUUUUAAACUCCUUGCGCUCAGCUGCAACAGGCAAGAACAAAAACAAACAAAAAAAAAUCUUAAAAAAAAAAGGAACACAAACAUAAUAAUA